GAGAAGAUAAGAAAGUAGCACGAACACGAAGUCUAAGAAAAACGUUGAAGUAAUAUGGUUAAGUAAUUGCAUGCAAUUUGAAGCUACGUGUCCAGCUUAAGACAUUCAAGUCUCACAUCUGUCCCUUUUUACUUCGACUUCGCUUCUUUUGGCUUCUUUUAAACUCUCUUUUAUCUCUCUCUUUCUUUGUCACGCUUGGUUGUUAAUCUUGGGUUAGACAAUAAUGGCAACAUCAGCUCGUAGAGCGUAUGGUUUCGGUAGAGCCGAUGAGGCUACACACCCUGACUCUAUUCGAGCCACUUUAGCUGAAUUCCUCUCCACUUUUGUCUUUGUCUUUGCUGCUGAAGGCUCUAUCCUCUCUCUCGAUAAGUUGUAUUGGGACCACGCUGCCCAUGCGGGGACAAACACGCCAGGCGGAUUGAUUUUAGUGGCGUUGGCUCAUGCUUUUGCUCUGUUUGCUGCUGUUUCAGCAGCCAUCAACGUCUCUGGUGGACAUGUUAACCCGGCGGUCACUUUUGGUGCUCUUAUUGGAGGUAGACUUUCAGCGAUCCGUGCCAUCUACUACUGGAUCGCUCAGCUUCUUGGAGCCAUUCUCGCAUGUCUCUUGUUAAGGCUCGCCACGAACGGCAUGAGACCAGUCGGUUUCCGUGUAGCAUCAGGUGUUGGAGCGGUUAAUGGACUUGUUCUAGAGAUCAUUUUAACAUUUGGCUUAGUCUACGUCGUGUAUUCUACUUUGAUUGAUCCGAAACGUGGAAGCCUCGGGAUCAUAGCGCCGCUUGCAAUCGGACUCAUUGUUGGAGCAAACAUCUUAGUGGGUGGACCAUUCUCUGGUGCAUCAAUGAAUCCAGCCAGAGCCUUUGGUCCAGCAUUGGUAGGAUGGAGGUGGCAUGACCACUGGAUCUAUUGGGUCGGACCAUUCAUCGGCGGUGCCUUAGCCGCCCUUAUAUAUGAGUACAUGGUCAUACCCACCGAGCCACCUACUCACCACACACACCAGCCCUUGGCUCCUGAAGAUUACUAGAUGGAAAUGUUCCUUGUGUGAGUUGUGUCAUUGCUUUUGGUCUUUGUUCAUGCUAUCUUUAUGUGUAUGAAAUCACUUUGCAUAGAUACUUUGUUUUGAUGCUACUCUUUGUUUGUUGUAAUAAUAAGAAUAAAGAAUGAUUUCGCAAUAA